CUUAUGUUUGCUACAAUUAAAUCUGCUAGGAUUUUAGACUGCGAGGCAUUCGUAGUUUUUUCCUUUGAUUGCAAAUUUUUAACAUUUCAUUGCACAGCAAAUUUAUAACAAGCAAUAAGCACGUUGUUGUGCAUAUAAUUAUAUCGCAUUGCACAUUACCAAGUAAAAUUUCAUGUGAUACAAUUGAUAUACACGCUGUAUAGUUUGUAUAUUAAAUACUUUCCGCACAGCUAAAAUUGCAUACAUCACAUUUUUGUGGAAUCUACAAAACCACAAACAACUGGUGAUUUAGUUAACUGGUGCUGCAACAAGCUCGACUUUAGUUAGGUCUAGUUAAAUGCUACUUUAUUACACUUUAGACUUGGGAAUCCUGUACAUAUAUUCUCCUGAAAUAUCUGCUCGUUAACUAUUCAAGAAGCAAAAGAUUUGUACAAUAAUCUCGACAUAAUUAUUCAACACAUAGAUCCAAUUUUGUCUCAAUUAAUCUCGAGUCGGUCUUUUCCUCAAUUAUUCGUCAAACGGCCUUCUUGUAAUACAUAUUUCACACGAUUAUAUUUCAUUUAUUCACAUUUCUGGAAAAGAUGAGACUCGUUCAAUCCUUGAAACUUGUGGCUUUCGCCAUCAUUUUGCUGUUCACUACUGCAAGUGCUCAUCAGGGUCAUGAUCACGGGGACCAUGAUAACUUUUCGGAAUCAGACUCCCUUCCAGAGACGGACAACGAAUGGAAGGACCCUGCUGUCCACUCGAUGCCGUUUAAUGGAAUAACUUUGAAAUGGAAGGAAGAUCCAAAAAAUCCAAGAUAUGUGAUUUUUAAGUUGUCUGGAAGGACUAGAGGCUAUGUCUCAGUUGGAUUCUGUGUCGUUUGGACAGGAGGGAUGGAAAACUGCGAUAUUGCUCUUGGUUGGGUGGAUGCAUCAGGAAUUGCUCAUGUCCAUGAUUAUUUUGCAACUGGAAACACAAGCCCCACAUUAGACACGAAACAAGAUUACGAACUGCUAAGUGGGAACGAAUCCAAUGGGAUUACAUCAAUUGUCUUUAAACGACUGUGGGACACAGGAGAUGAUGCACAAGAUGCUAAUUUGGAGCACAAUCAGAAUGUUCACGUAAUAUACGCUUGGCAUGAGCAAGACCCUUUGAGUUCAACGGAUUUCCAUAAGCACGGCGAUGGGACGCGAGGACACACUUUGAAAGCGGUCGCAAUCAAAGGCCAUCAACAUGGAAGUGCUUCAACUUUUGCUGGGAACGGUGGCGUCACCCUUAUCAUUAGUUCGGGUGUCAUUGCUUGGCAUCGUUUUAAAAUUUAAAUUUUGCCCAAACCAGAAAAACAAAUAUGAUGUGAUGAUGAUACAUAUAUUUACAUGUUACAAUCUUUAAAAUUUAUACAAAAAUACCUGAACUGUCGAGUAAAUAAUUACUAACAUUAAUGAUAUGCCAUAUAUCUAAAAUUAACUGUAGUAGUACAAAUAAUUGUGCAAUAGAGGAUUCAUAAAUUAUUUUAUAAAAUAAUCUUAUUAUUGUUUUACAAAUCAGUACAAUAUAUGUAUUGAUAGGUACGAAGCUAGGCAGAGUAGAUAUGUUACAAAACUGGUUGACAAAGUUAUAGAUUGUUGGAGCAUAUUAUGUAGUUGAUAUAUUUGAGAAUUCGUUCUCGUUACAAAUAAAUUAACCAAAAAAGCGCA